AGUCCCAAAACAUGACUAACAUUUGACCAUUGUGUCAUAAUUUACUUAUUACCGUCAUCUUUGUGUCCUCACAUUGACGUAGUUGUCAUUCUAAUAUCUCUUACAAUCAACAUGAAAAAAGUGAUAGUAUAGCCGAUUUUUUCAUUUUAAUCUUUUGUAACUAGUUAUAUCUUUUGUAGACCGGAAAAUGACAUAAAAACUGAGAAGACCCCAACGAAUUUGUUAUAAGUAAGAGUAACACCUGCUCUAGCUAGUCAUUUUUUCGUGUGUGUCGGAAUCAUUACUAUCAAUAAUGAAUCGUCAGUGCAGUUUGAUUUUUUAUUUGAUGAUUGUGUUAAUCAGUGCAGAGAAAAAAAAAGCUGAUCUUUCGUUAAUAAAUGGAUUUGAUGGAAUUGAAUUGUCUGAAGAACCUAGUCCUAUUGAAAUUUUCGACAUUGCAGAUCAAUCUAUCGAUAAUACAAUGCCUUUAUUUCAAAAUGAAACUUUAAAAAAUAGAAAUACUGAAUCUAUGACCAAUCCGGAAUUGAUAACCAAAGGUCAUAUCGUUUCUGCAAUAAGUGAAGUUGCAGUCAAUGGCAAUCGACGAUUAGAUGCAUUAUCUCUAUUAGGAGGUGAUCAAUAUCUAAUAGGUCAAUCAAGAAAACGAGGUCUUGUUGUUGACCUUGCUCGAGAAUCAAAAUUGGCUGUAACACCAGGCACAAAUUAUUUGAUGUUUCUUGCAACGAAUUAUUUAGAAGAACCUUAUGAUUUUGAAAUUAAAGUAGAAAGUGCUUCACAUCUUAAUGUUGAAAUUGUACCUCCAUUUCCACCCUCUUUUCCUGUCAUUUAUAGUCGGGAAACUGUUCAGUUUACUGUACGAAUUGUGAUACCACCAAAUGUUGUUGAAACUGAUCAUGUCAUUGAUACUGUAACUUUCUCUGUCAGAAGAAGAUAUGAUUCAACAGAAGUACAAAAAUCUGUACGACUUUAUUCACGUAAUUCUUUACCAAUGGGAAGUAGAACAAGAGAACCAACAAUUGACUAUGAAUUUUAUGACAACUGCAUUGGAAAGUUAAAACCUGAACGAUGUAUGUACAGUCGAUGGAGUGUAAAGAUUACUGUUACUAAUAAUGAAUCGGGUUUGGGGUGGAAAGGAAUCACUUCAGAACCAAAUGGCAUUUGGCCAGAAAGAGAUUUCAUUGCUGGCGAUAAAAAUCUUCCUGGUUUUAUUUAUAGCGCAUCAUGUUGCCAUAAAUCAGUAGAUAUUAAAGUAAUUGACAUUCUGGAUUAUCCAUACUCUCUACAUAUAGAUGUAACAGAAUGGUCUAAUUUGGGACAAGGUGAAAUAAUAGCUAUUAUUAUUGGAACUUUGUUUCUGCUAUUAUUAUUGAUCAUUGUAAUUGUGCUUUGCAUUCGAUGUGUCAGAAAGCAGAAGAAUGCAGAUUUAAGCUACACACAUCGUUAUGGAUCAAGACCACCAGCAUGAAUGUUUUUGAUAUAAUUUUACUUAGAAACUCUUUUGUAUUAUUUUUAUAAAAAAAAUUAUAAGCUAUAAUUAAUUUUAAAUUACACUUGAAUAUUUUCUGUAAUCAAACAUAACUUGUAAAAUGUUAUAUAUUGACUUUCUAAGUCAAUUCUUUUUUAAAAAAAGAUAUCCUAUGAAAAUGACUUAAUAGAAUAGAAGUAUCAGAUAAAUGUUUUAUUAUUUUCUUGAAAAUUCAUUGAAAAUCGUAAUAUUUGUCAAAUAAAUACAAAUUUUAUGAACAAACGUCAAUAUUGGAACUAGAAAAGGAGUGUCAUUAAACUAUAUUCUCACAUGUAAAUAAUAAUACAAUAAAAAUCCAU